AGAAAGCAGUGUAGGCUGCUUGCGCUCUGGUAGCCUGAAACGCCAUCUUAACUAGAAAGGGGGUUUAAACAGGGAUAAAUCAGGAAAGGGGGCAUUCAUUGGAGGAGAUAACCCCUUAUUUUCGUGUAUGUUUUAAAUCCUCGGGUCGCUUUGGAACAACAUGUUACUAGUCAUGGUUUUAGGCGUUUAUAACACCAAAUAAAGGCGCAUACGAGAGGAAAUCGGCAAGACACUUAUUAGCUUCUAGCAACCUAGCAAGGGGGAGGGGCGGGGUAGUAGGAUUUUUUUCCACAGCCGAAGUUGUUUGUUUAUGUUAUUCCAAACGGAUAUGUCCUCUUCAAACCCAGAGUUACCAGACCCAAAUCUGGGUAUGGGGGCAAGUGGGGCUCAAGCAAGUAGUGGAGGGGCUGCUGUUGUACCAAAAGGGACCAACAAAAGAAGAGCUGCGCCAGACUUUGACGAUGAAGAUGAUGAAGGCAACAAGUUGUUCAGGUGUGACGAUGAAGGAGGUUCCAGCAAUGACAAAGAACGCUUUGCCAGGUUUUUGGAAGAAGAUCAGAGUUUUGCAGAUAAGGAAAAACAAGCCAGGGAGAACCACAGUGAGAUUGAAAGGCGGAGGCGGAACAAGAUGACUGCCUACAUUACCGAAUUGUCAGACAUGGUGCCUACCUGCAGUGCACUAGCACGGAAACCAGACAAACUAACCAUCCUACGAAUGGCUGUGUCCCAUAUGAAGUCUCUGAGAGGAAGUGGCAAUACCAAUGCAGAUGGGUCAUACAAACCUUCCUUUCUCACUGACCAGGAACUCAAGCACCUCAUACUGGAGGCGGCUGACGGCUUCCUGUUCGUGGUGUCAUGUGAGACUGGUCGCAUUGUUUACGUCUCUGACUCCCUGACACCCGUCCUCAACCAGUCGCAGUCUGAAUGGCUCGGCUCCUCUCUUUAUGACCAGCUCCACCCAGAUGACACAGAAAAGCUCAGGGAGCAGCUCUCUACUGCCGAGAAUAGCAACACAGGGAGGAUGUUAGACUUAAAGACGGGAACAGUGAAGAAGGAAGGCCAGCAGUCAUCAGCCAGAAUGAGUAUGGGAGCCCGUAGAUCAUUCAUCUGCAGAAUGAGGUGUGGCUCUUGUCCAGUGGAACCAAUUUCCAUGAACAGACUAAACUUCCUUAGGAUUAGGAACAGGAAUGGUUUGGGUGUAGCCAAGGAAGGGGAGCCCCAGUAUGUAGUGGUCCACUGUACAGGAUAUGUCAAGUCCUGGCCCCCUGCAGGAGUAUCAUUAACAGACGAUGAAGCAGACAACACUCAGGGGAGUCGCUACUGUCUAGUUGCCAUCGGUAGAUUACAGGUGACUUGUUGCCCAGGUGACACAGACAUCAACAGUAUCAGUGUUCCAGUGGAGUUCAUCUCACGGCAUAAUUGCCAGGGCAUGUUCACCUUCGUAGACCACCGCUGCAUGGCUGCUGUCGGCUACCAGCCCCACGAUUUACUGGGAAAGAAUAUUCUCGAGUUUGCCCACCCUGAAGACCAGGGCUUACUGAGAGACAGCUUCCAACAGGUGGUGAAGCUAAAGGGCCAGGUCCUGUCAGUGAUGUUUCGGUUUCGCACUAAAUCAAGAGAAUGGAUAUGGAUGAGAACCAGCUCCUUCACCUUCCAGAACCCAUUUUCAGAGGAGAUUGAGUAUAUCAUUUGUACCAACGUCAAUGUCAAUAGAAACUCGACUCAGGACCCCCUCACUCCCAUCUCCUCCCCAGGGGGUUCCCUGCCCCCCUCCCUGGGUCAGAGCAGCCCAAACUGCACUCCUGUAGUGCUCAGCCCUGGGCAGGUGGCCACCAGGCAGUUACAGCAGCAGCAGCAGAACGAUCUAGAGGGAGGUGGAACCAGAGACGGCCUGUAUGAGGCAGGACCAAUCACCCUCUCACAGAUGCCGGUGCAGCCAGUGACUGCGGCAGGGCCGGACCACAGCAAGAGCCUUGAGAAACCAGAGCUCUACCCCUCCCUUUUUCAAGGCCCAGAUCAGACCAAGGGUCUGCCCUCCACCCCGACUCCCUCCACACAGAUCUACCCUCCAGCCAACAACUUCACUGCUGGUCAUUCCAAUGAUGCAUACAGGCCAGGCAAUAUGACUCCACAGAUAACUCCACAGGUGGCACAGCCAGCCCAUUCAGCAGGGCAGAUGCUGGCUCAGAUGUCUCGUCAGAAUGGAGCGCCGCACUCAGUUGCCCCCUCCAGCACUGCCAGCCCCCUCCAUGGAGGACCAGCAAGAGGAGGAUGGCCUGGAGCUGGAGCUAGACCACAGUUUAAUAACCAGUUACACUCUAACCAGCAGGUGGCUCCCCAGGCGGCAAAGACCAUGUCUCCACCGUUUGCUCCCAUGGGAGGAUUUGGAGGUGGCUCUUCAAACUCUUUUGGCCAGAUGCCUACAGGUGCUGCUCCCACUCCAAGCAGUGGUGCCAACUAUCCGCCCAUUAAUGCACGUGCCACCCUCAACACCAAUGGUUAUGAUGCCUCUCAGUCUGGGGCACAGUUCCCCUCUCGAGCGACGGAGGCAGUGUGGCCCCAAUGGCAAGGCCAGCAGCACUCACAGAGUAAUGCCGAGCAGCAUCCUCAUGCUCAGGGCAACCAGCAAGACAUGUUUCCUGAUGUGUUAUCUAUGCUGGACCAGCCUGCCAACUUCAACAGUGAUGAGAGCUAUGAGAUUUCCAUCUUCCCUCCAUUUAACGAGUGACCUGGUCAAUACUUCUCCACUGGUCUACCCUUUUGUCUUGACAGUUUUUGCCCUCAACCUUUCUUAUAUUUAGCUUUUCUGCUCCUCUUCCCGCUCCUGAGAGUAGCUCUUUUCUCUUGCUUUGCAUGACUUAAAUUGCACUGCCACACGCCAGUUAAAGAUGGAGGGAUAUAUCUGACUGCAGAUAUAUAGAGAAGGAAAAUCAAGGAUUUUCUACUGACUAAAAGAUGAGUAUUUUGACUAUUUCAGCCAUUGUAAGAGAAUUCUCUAGCUAGCACUGCCCAAAGCUCAACUCUAUAUAUAUAUAUAUAUAUAUAUAUAUA